AUGUCCGCCGUCGAUACCAGCAUCUCCCACGCGCACACCGCCGUAUCCACCCACUUCCGCUCUCUCUCUCUAUCGCUAUCUCUCUGGUUCGUUCUCAUCUCCACCGCCAUCUCCGCAGGUAUCAUCUCUGCUUGUCUAGAUAUCAUCAUCGACUGGCUUUCUGAUCUCAGGCAAGGCCACUGCACGUCUCUCUUCCUGCGCUCACUCAAGAGCUGCUGUCCGAUGCACCACAUGUGCGACGAUUGGAUCGAGCACACGACGGCGACGAAUAACAUCAUCGCCUUUCUUGUCUACGUCUUCUCUGCCAUACUCUUGGCACUCGCAUCAGCUACUCUCGUCGCUAAACUCGCUCCACGCGCUUUCCACACGGGCAUCCCCGAAAUCAAAGCUAUUCUUGGCGGUAUUGCUAUACGAGAUUUCUUAUCAAUGCGCACGCUCGUCGUGAAAGCUGUUGCGCUGUCCCUCAGUGUAGCCUCUGGGCUGUCUCUUGGCAAAGAAGGGCCACUGAUACACGUCACCUGCGCUCUUGCCGAGUUGUACAUGGGGGUGGUACGCAGGAUCGGUGUAGGUGUAGGUGACUGGACAAAUUCCGGCGCGCGUCAGCGUCAGACAUACGCAGCUGCUGCAGCUGCUGGUGUGAGUGUAGCAUUCGGUGCACCAUUAGGAGGCGUCAUGUUCGCAUUGGAAGAACUUGACAUAAAUCUCUUCCCUACCAAUACUCUCUGGCAGGCGUUUGUUUGUGCUGCACUCGCCGCAGUAACGCUGCAGUGGUGCAACCCAUUCGGGACGGGGAAGCUAGUCCUCUUCUCCGUUUCUACUAACCAGUCUUGGAAGCAGUUUGAAUUGGUCUUCUGGCUCCUCCUGGGCGCACUCGGCGGGUUGGCGGGUGUUGCGCUUUUACGGCUUAACCUAUUCUUCGCUAGGUUGCGCCGCGAUACCACUCUCAGACGCUACCCUAUCCUCGAAACGACCGCCGUCGCUCUCCUUACUGCUCUGCUGAGUUAUGCGAGUAUCCUGACGAGAGUGCAGAACACUUCACUAGUCGCAGCGCUCUUGCAGGAGUGUUCCAAUACCAACACCACAUCAGCACCAACGCUACAGCUACAUGCCACAGUGCUGCUUUGCAACAGUGACCGGCGUGUAAGCGUGACAGUUAUGCUACUGGCCUACGCUGCCGUGGUGAAGCUGCUCCUUACAGCCUACACAUUCGGUCUCUCUGUACCUGCCGGUAUAUUUCUCCCGGGUCUCUCCAUCGGUGCGUGUAUGGGACGCGCUCUCGGUGGAUUACUCGAAUUGGUCGAAGAGCGCUACUCGACGCUAGCUAUUUUCGCCGAUUGUCAUGGUGCGAGUGAUGGUGGCGGGUGUAUCCGCCCCGGUCUCUACGCUACUGUCGGCGCUGCUGCAACUCUCGCUGGUAUUACGCGUAUGACUGUCUCGCUCGUCGUCAUCAUCUUCGAACUUACUGGCGCACUCUCGCACGUCGUCCCGAUCAUGAUCGCGGUGAUGACGGCCAAGUGGGUAGCAGAUGCCUUUGGGAAGCAGGGUGUGUUCACGGCAUGGAUUUCUCACCAGCAGUACACAUAUAUCCCGCAGGUGGAUAUUGAUGUUGGGUUGGGGGUACGGGGCGCGAGUGUCCGUGAUAUGCACGGCGUGUGUGCGCGCGACGUCGCUCUGUCCCAUUAUCCCACUCUGCCCGCUGAUGGGGAGAUUAGGGAAUUGAUGGAGCUGACGCGUGGUAAUGAUGAUGAUGAUGCUCACACUCACACUCAUGGCUACGCUAUCAUUACCCGCAACGAUAGUCUGCUUGUUGGUUGGGUUCAGGCAGAGAAGAUUGUUGCUAUUGGUGGUGUAGUGGAGUCUAAUUCAACCAUCCACUCUUCUUUCUCCUUCAACCAAACAGAAACCCCAGACACACUCGAUCUUAGCACAUAUGUCGAUACAGCCCCGCUUUUCUUCUACGCGUCGACGCCAAUUAACGUGAUUGUAGCGACGUUCCAGAGUAUGGGGGUGGAUAGAGUGUUUGUUGUGAGCCAGCCAGGCACGCUAGUUGGAGUGAUUGAGCGUGUACAGAUAUCGCAGCUGAUGGCAGGCAGAGCGGGUGGAUUGGGGCUGGGCUGGCCGGCAUGUCUCACCAGAAGCAAAGGGAGAAAGGAAUAUGAGCAAGUGGAGAUGGUUGAGCAGGCAGGGGAAUACCAAUUAGAAGAAGGAGGAUGA